ACCAGUCAUCAAACGUUUCCCAACACUACUGCUUGCACGUUGCGAGUAUUAAACAUAUUUUAUUUUUUAUCUGGAGUUCAACUACUUAGCCAUGUCCAGCGCGGCCGCAAGCAUUCCGGAGGGGGGCGAGACGGCGCGCCCGGAGCCCAUCUUCCGGGAGAUCAACGCCCAGCAGACCGACGAGGUGGUGGAGAUCGAGUCCGCCUGCAUGGCCUGCUUCCAGACGGGCACCACCCGGCUGCUGCCCACGAAGAUACCAUUCUUCCGAGAGGUUGUGCUGAUGUCGUUCAGAUGCGAGCACUGUGGCCACACCAACAAUGAGAUGCAGUCCGCCUCCGAGAUACAGAAGUCCGGCAUCAAGAUAGAGCUGCAGGUAAAGACCGUGGCUGAUCUCAACCGGCGGGUGGUGCGGUCAGAUAACUCGUGCGUCAGCAUACCCGAGGUUGAGCUGGAAAUUCCCGUACAAUCACAAAAGGGCGAGGUGACCACCGUUGAGGGAAUCAUUGAGCGGACUAUAGCCGGACUGUCGCAGGAUCAGGAAAAGAGGCGCAUUGAUCAUCCGGAGGCAGCAGCUUCGAUCGAUGCAUACGUCGACCGGCUGCACAAACUGAAGGAGGUGGCCACGCCUUUCCGGCUGCUGCUGGAGGAUAUCUCGGGGAAUAGCUUCAUCGAAAAUCCAUUGGCCCCCGCCACCGAUCCCCAGCUGAAAACGACAUACUUUACGCGCUCCCAGCCGCAAAACGAGCAAUUGGGGCUGUAUGAGCAGAACCAUGAGGAGCAGCACUUGCUGAAACCGAUUGCCGAGGACGAGUGGCCCAUCGAGAACCUCCACGGCGAGGUUCUGCAGUUCCCCACCAAUUGCCCCAAUUGUCAGGCUCCCUGCGAGACGAACAUGAAGCUUACAAACAUCCCGCACUUCAAAGAGGUGGUAAUCAUGGCCACUGUGUGUGGCACUUGUGGCCACAAGACUAACGAGGUGAAGUCUGGUGGCGGCGUCGAGCCCCAGGGUGUGCGCUUCAAAGUGCAGAUUACCACUAAGGAGGACCUGACCAGAGAUGUGCUCAAGUCUGAGACGUGCAGCUUAUCCAUUCCGGAACUGGACCUGGAAGUGGGGCCGCAUGCAUUGUGCGGACGCUUCACCACCGUGGAGGGCCUCCUGGUGGCCAUGAGAGAUCAAUUGGAUGGCACCUUCUUCCACGACUCGGCGGACGAUACGACCAAGCAGCAAAUGCAGCAUUUCCUGAACACCUUCGACGAUAUAAUGAAGCUGGAGCGGAUCAUAACGCUGGUCCUGGAGGAUCCAGCCGGCAACACCUAUGUACAGUCACUCAGCGACGACGACUCUGAGCCGGAUGAGAAGCUCACCGUGGAGCGUUAUGAUCGGUCCUUCGAGGACAACGAAGAUCUUGGACUAAACGAUAUGAAGACGGAGGGCUACGAGCAGAAGGAGGCGUGAUGAUCAAAUCGUCCUGCCGGCUGGACUCUGCAUUUAAUAAUAAACUGUAGACUUCUUUUCUUAA